AUGGCUGCUCGCGCCACUAGCAUUCGAGUGAGUUGAGAACUGAUUACAUCCUUUACCUUGAAUGAACUAUCAAUUCUAACAACAUAGCGGAGGUUGGAAAUGUUAGAAGAUCAGAAAAAUUGAGCUUCGAUUUGAAAGCCAUUCACCAAAUGUUAAAACAGCAUUACCUGUUCAUCUGAAAGCUCCGCCUUUUCGGAAUUCAAACGCCAUGGCCUUACAUACUUUUUAGGUGCAGCAGACCUUCACCGAAUUUCGCAAACUCUCUUUCAUCAAAAAAAAUCGAAAAACACAGUUAGGCUUGUCGAAUUAUCUCUAUCGGGCAAGGCAAAUUACUCCCAGUUCAUUAGGAGACGUCAGUUAAAAUUGCGUUCUUCAUUUUCCAGCAAAUUGAACCGACUUUCAUCAAAACAAAGUUGUUUUUCUCACCACGAGCCGAUCCCAAAAAGAUAAAUCUAUAAAUUCGUGAAACAAUGAUCAGAAGUAUGAAUACGUACAAAUUCAUUCAAAAACCCUCAUAAGUUCAGUUUUUCCCAUAAAAAUGCUUUUUCGCUCAGAGUUCAUAACAAUUGCAAGAUUUUGUCCCCUAGGGGCCCUCAAAAGGCCCCUAAGGUUGCCCUUAUUGGGACCACUCUGGAGUUCCUCACAAACUCUUCAGCAGCAUCCUUUUUCAAGGACCGCAAAAGAAUCUGAAUCUCCGUCGUUACGUUCAAAACUGUGAAGAAAUUGAUACCGUCUCAACUGCCGCAGUUAUCUUCUCAAGAUCAGUUGACGCCGUCCUAAUGGCCUUUUUCGGACCUGUAUACGACGCGUGAACACUGUCACCUCUCCUCUUGACACAUUAUUAACAAACGUUCGCGAAUCGCGCAACAUACAUUUCAUCCAUUCAGCUCAAAUCAACCAUCCGUCGGCAAAUGAUAUUAACUCAAAUUGGCGUCCGUUGUGUGUCUCUUACUCGCGCACGCCCAGUUCAUUUCUCCUUUAAAGGUCAUUCAGUCCACUUUUCUGUCCUUCAGAUGGCUACCGACGUGCCACCGACGGAGCGCCUUCGCGCUCGGUUUAACAUCAAAAACCCGACAGUUCGCAAUGCCUUGUCCGAGUUCUUUGGAACGGCUCUGCUUCUGGUAAGCUUUGUGACUUCUCUCAAGAAAAUUUUUCACCUUAAAAAAAAUUGAAAUAUCAUCCAAGUUAACAACUGUCAAAAAAGGGGCUCAAAAAUAUUUAUUGUAAGAUCCAACUUUUACUCCAAUAUUGAACUUCAUGUUUAGGCAAAGUCAAAAAAGUUGGGAAAAGGCUCCAUAGAAAUGUUCUUUUUAAGGUGAGAAAGGUUCCUUUUGGCUGCCCUUUUGCGCCGUUUCAUCGGCUUUUAUGCACCAUUUUUGCAUCCUCUUACCUUUUCCCGCAAUUUCUUGAGCUUUUGAAAUCCUAAAAAAAGACAAUUUUGGACAUGCGGUGGAAAACGAAAAGUUUCUUUGUACUUAAAAAAAAAUGUUUUUUGGAACAAAAAUGGAAGAAGACUUCAAGAUAAGCUGAUGGUACUAAUUUUCAAAUGAACAUGGUCUUCAUAGCGUGGUUUUGCUUGAUCAAGAGAAAAAGGGAAUAGAAAUUUUCAAGCAUAAUUUUCCUCAUCGAUUGAAAGAAAACCAUUUAUUUUGAGUUCAUCGGUUUGGGCAUCGUGAUGCAAUUCAUCCUGUCCGGCGAGAAGCUCAACACGUGGAUCAACGUGAGGAAAACCUCGUUUUGUGAUAAAAUGAUUAGUUCAACAGGUCAACAUCGGAUGGGGUCUUGCCAUCACUUUCUGUGUCUACGCUUGCUGUAAAACAUCAGGUAUUCAAUAGGUCUUUUUUUAUAAUUUAGACUUCUCAGGCGGUCACUUCAACCCCGCCGUGUCUCUAGCAAUGGUCACCCUCGGACAUUUGUCCGUCAAGGAUUUCUUCGCUUACUGCGUCGCUCAAGUCACUGGAGCUUUCGUCGGAUCUCUCGGCGCCUACUUCCUCUACUACGGUAUUCAUUUCGUUAGAACUUCCUGGUAAAUAUUUGUUUCAGACCAAUUCACCAAGUUUGCUGGUGCUUACCGUACAAUCCUCGGUGCCAAAGCUACUGCCGGAUGUUUCUGUUCUUUCCCCGCUCUUCACGUCUCAAACGCGACCGCGUUCUUCGAUCAGGUCAUUUUCCAGCUCUGAAAAGAAACGCAAUAAAGGAAAUUUAGGUGGCUGGAACUGGACUUCUCGUGCUCUUUGUGUGCGUGAUCAUCGACAAGCGUAAUGGAAUCCCGACUUCCGCUCAUCCUAUGCUCUUCGGCUUAGUCGUCGUCAUGAUUGGUAGGCCUUGCUCAAUCCAAUUAGCCGUUUGCUUGCUUUCUUUCGGUUGCGAGAAAUUUAAUCUGAGUUUUUCACCACAACUUGGAGCUUCAGGGCAGCACGUGAGAAAGUUCAAAAUGGAAGAAAAAUGAUAUAUUAACUGGAAGAGUCUCUUGAGAAAAUAAGUUUUUUCCUCGUGGACCUAGGCUUCAUGAAUACGUAGUAUUAUCCACUUUGGUGGAAUCAGAAAAAACUCCGCAGCCGCUGCGCAUUGAGCCGUGUAAGUGCGGUCUUGAAGUUCAGGUUUAAUCGAGCUUGUGGCUUUUAGUCUGCUAAAUGAUAGUUUUAUUUUAAAUGCUCAUUUUUUCUCUUGGAUGCAAAUAAGCAACCGCUUGAGUAGAUAGAAUGAUUAAAUUCAGGAACUGCUUUUGGCAUGAACCUCGGAUACCCGAUCAACCCCGCUCGUGACCUUGGACCACGCAUCCUCGCCGCCUUCAUCUACGGAUCUGGAGUCUUCUCGUGAGGAAGUUGACAAUGAUCAGAUCUGAUAAUGAGAAUCAGGUACCACGGCUACUACUUCUGGAUCCCGGUAAUCGCUCCACUGUUCGGUGGAGUCCUCGGCGCCUGGCUGUACCACUUCUUCGUCGGAGCCCACAUUUCUGACGUCGUCGUUGUCGAGCCAACCAACACCACCUACCUGCUCGCUGACGAGGCCAAGCAGCCACUCAAGGCUGGGUGAGUGAGGAAAAUGCGCUCCUCUGUGAAUGAAUUUUUUUCAGAAGCGAAGCAUAA